AUGUCUUCGACAACAACAAAGAGAAAGGAUAAGAAGAAGACUGAUGCUACGACAUCAUCAUCAUCUUCGUCGACAACAGAUACCAAACAAACAUCAACAUCAUCAAAAGAUAAGAAUGCAAGCGAUCAUUCAUUAUCAUCAUCAACAUCAUCAACACCAACAUCAAUAACUGAAUAUUCAUUGAGAUACCCAAUAUUCUGUUGUGCCAGUGGCGGAAAGUCAAAGCUGUUGGCAGUGGGAGGUGGAGGUGGCGCAUCUAAAACUGGCAUACCAAACGGCGUGGCGCUGUUCAAGUGGAAUGGCACAAAGUUCACGUUCCUGGCGGAGCACACAACAGCUGACUGCAUAACUAAUUUGGCGAUGCAUCCCACUGCCGACACGUUCGCCUACAGCAUCGGCAACAAGUGCUACGUGGUCAACUUUAACGCCUCCAACAAGACAUUCGUACACUUCAAGCAGUUCGAGUCGGUCAGUCGAUUCCAGGCCGAGGUGGGCAGCCCAAACAGCAGCGACAGCGGCGAGGAGGAGAUGACGCACAGCGACACCAGCAGCAAGAGCAGCGCACAGGUCAAGAACGUGCCACUAGAGCAGUACUGCUGCCGCUACAGUCCGGCCGGCGACCUGCUGGUCACAUCCGGCUCGGACCGCUCCAUCAAGGUCUGGGAGGUGCCCGCGUACACGCUGGCGCACGAGAUCAACAACUGCCACACGGAUGAAGUUACUUCGCUCGACGUCAACAACUCAAACACGUACAUGGUCACCACGUCCAAGGACAAGACGUGCAAGGUCUGGAACCUGCUUUCGGGGCGCGUCGAGCAGGUGCUCCACUACGACAUUGGCGGCCAGGAGCUGACGUUCCGCGGCUGUCGCUUCCUUGACGGCGGACUGAACCUGCUGACAUGUAUGUCGCGGCCCAAGUCGGGCAAGGUGGGCGGCUGCACCUACGUGGGCAAAUGGAAGGUGGCCUCUGGCAAGCUGGAGGCCAGUCAACAGAUUCACGGCAAGAUGCACAACACAUGUAUGGAGCUCAGUGCCAAUCAAAAGACACUCGCCGUUGGCACGGCCGACAGCAACGUCACUGCCAUCAAAGUUGGGACACUGAGUCGUGUCGAUCGUUGGGAGCCACACGACUUUGUCAUCACUGGUGUAACAUUCUCUCCCGACAACGAAUCAGUCUGUUCAGUAUCCGCCAACUAUUCUCUAAAGUCUCACAAAGUGACACCCAGAUUAAUUGUAUCAGAAUCAACACAUCCAUCAUCAUCGGUACCUCAUUCAUCAAACUCUCAACCAUCCAGUGUUUGA